AUGAAGACUGGCGUGGAAUCUGGUGCGCCUGCAGUGCCUCCAAACCAGAACGACGUGGAGGCUGGUGCGCAUUGCCUCCCACUUGCGUGCGAUGCGGCGCCUCCACACGUCCAGACCAAGUGCCGGUCGAUCCCUUCGCUGGCGCAGCUCGUCGCUCAGCAGACUACGAAUCGCACGCUCCCGGAGAUCGAGCCGCUCGAGGUCCAUAAGCAGGUGGGAACGGACAGGCUCGGCGUCUGGGUCUGGCGAGCGCUGCUCCUGCUCUGCACUGCGACCUGGGGAUCAAAUUAUCCGUUGACAGAGAACGUCUUUAUCGCGCUCGGUCCGUCGGCUACGCACACCUCGCUCUUCCUCGCGGCCCGCUUUCUGCUCAGCGCCAUCGUGCUCGCACCCGCAGCGCUGUCUGCGUCCAGCUGGGCUGCCGUGACGGCGGGCGGCAGAGUCGGGGUGCUCUGUGCGAUCGGCUACCUCUCUCAGGCGGCGGCACUCGCGAUGGGCUCGCAGGCCGGGCAAAGCGCCUUCAUCUGCAGCUUGCAGGCAGUUGUGAUUGCCUUGCACUCCGCCCUCGCCGGCAACGGGAUCUCGCGCAAGACCGCAGUCGCUGUCGCCCUGGCUGUGUGCGGCGUUGGCUUUCUGGAGCUGCCUUCCAUCAUCGAGGGCGGGCUCAGCGCCCUCUGCCUCGGAGACCUCGUGGCGCUCGGGCAGCCGAUUGGCUUUGGAGCGUCGUACAUCGUCAUCGAACAGGCGCUCAAGGACCACCCAAACGACGCGCUGCCCCUCGCUGCGAUGCAAUGCGUCCUCGUCGGCGCUGCCACCCUCGGCAUCGCCUCUGCCACCGCUGGCGCAGCGCCGUGGGACCUUCCGUUUGGCAAGCUUCUGCUACCAAAGGCGGACGCGUCAUCAUUCUUCGAGGCGUGGGCCGUGCCAGCCACCGUCGCCUACACCGGGAUCUGGGGCACGGCGGCGACGAUCUGGAUCGAGGCUACCGUCCUCAAGAGGCUCCCCAUCGUCGACGCCUCUGUCAUCCUCAGCACCGAGCCGCUGUGGGCGACGGGCCUGGCGGCGCUGAUGCUGGGCGAGGUGAUUGGAGUCAACGACGUCAUCGGCGGCGCAUUCAUAAUCAUCGCUCUGCUUGUCAACGAGGGGUUGCUCCACCUGCCCGGGCAAGGGGAGGAGGAGAGGGCAUCGUCCUCCUCUAGGCUCACACGCCAGGCCGUCUGCAGUGCGGCUGCUUGA